AUGGCAGCUCCCCGACCGAUAAAAGGCAUCUUGAAAAACAAGAACAGCGGCAAAAGCGUUCAGUCAUUGUCUAAAGAAGCAUCAGUUGAGAAUACCGAACAUGCUCCGGAACUCUUGGAAGAUGACCAGCACAAGAAAUCCCAGAAAUGGGAUGAGAUGAACAUCCUGGCGACGUACCAUCCGGCAGACAAAGAUUACGGCCUGAUGAAAAUUGAUGAACCCAACACACCUUACAACAGGAUGGUCGGGGAUGAUGACGAGGGAGCUCUGAGUGACUCGGAGGGCCAGAGCGGGCUCGUGGCUGAUGACCUGGCAUCAAAGCUGGCGGCAGCUGAGGGCCUAGAGCCUCGCUUCAUGAAAGAAGAAGAGGAGGAGGAGGAGGAGAGCAGCGAGGAGGAGGAAGAGGAGAUGACUCCAGAGGAACAAGCCAAAAAGAAGCAUUUUCAGAUGAUGAGGAAGAUGCACUACAACGAGGGCCUGAACAUAAAGCUGGCUCGCCAGCUGAUUGCCAGCGAGCUGGAAGAGGACGAAGAUGAGGAGAUGAGGGACGACACGGAGGACCUAAGGGAGAACACAGAGGAGACGGAGGAAAUCAGUGUCGACCCGCCACAGGAGGGUAAGGCGCCGCCACCGCAGGUUGACUGUUAG